CAAAUUAGGCACUUACAAGGCAUAACGUUAGCCGUCGAAUUCGAUGUGCGCCCAAGAAUCAAUUUGCGACGAUUGGUUUUUGCCUCCCACGAUCAUGCCGAUUCAUUAUUCAAAUUGGCUCGACCAACACAACAGCGCCAUGAUCAGCCCUCACACAGUCGGCAUGGCGUCGGCUGCGUCGGCGUUCACGAUCUUUGGCCUGUAUCCGCUCUACUUCAAGCAACUCAAUCAUAUUCCCCCACUCCAAGUGGCCCUCCACCGUGUCGUGUGGUCGUUUGUCGUGCUCGUUCCGCUAUUUCUAUGGCAAAGCAAUUUGAAGCACUUUACCACGACAGCAUUCACACGAAACACCCUCGGCCACCACGCGUUGUCGGCGGCAUUCUUAGCAGGGACGUGGGUGCUGUACGUGUUUGGCGUGUCGGGCGGGUACCUCGUCGAGAUCAGCCUCGGGUUCUUCGUCAAUCCCGUGUUGAGCGUCGUGCUCGCCGUGGUGGUUUUGAAGGAGCCCCUUCGACAGGCCCAGUGGGUGGCAGUGGGAGUUGCCAUGUCGGGGGUACUCGUGGUAGCCAUUGCGAUCGGGUCGUUCCCUUCGCUGGGGCUGGGUAUAGGCACAUGUCUAGCCCUGUACGGGUUGAUGAAGAAGACAUCCCCCAUCGGCUCGGUGGACGGGAUCGUGCUUGAAAUCGGCGUCCUCGUCGUCCCGUCCGUCGUGGGGCUUGUGGCGUUCGAGUUGCAAGGCACGGGGGCCUUCCUCCACACGCCAGAGUACGCUGCGGACGACUGGCUCUUGAUCGGGUCCGGCGUCGCGACCGUCGUGCCACUCCUGCUGUUUGCUUCUGCCGCCCAAAAGAUCUCGUUCACGCUGCUUGGCCUGCUCCAGUACAUCGGCCCUAUGCUCACGUUUGCCCUGGGGGUGUUUGUCUACCACGAGGCGUUUUCUACCGCCAAACUGGCUGGAUUUGCAUUUGUGUGGAUCGCCCUCGCUGUGUUUGCCGUCGAGAGCCUCGUCACGUCGAGAAACGAGCGACGAAAAGCCUCCAUCGUCACGUUGGCAACCAGCGAAGAGAUUCAUAGCACAACAACGGCCGAGGUCUUUGUUGUUGAUUGGAGCCAAGGACCAACCACACCUGUGGAUGCAUCCUUCAAAGUUAUUCUCGUCGAUAAAGAGGAUGAUAGGAAUAUUGGUAGCUACGUUACGCGAAAUAGCCCCUCCUAUUAUUAUAGUAUUAAUAGAUUGAAAAUUGCAAUCUAUUAAUACUAUAAUAUUG